AUGUCCAUUAUGGAUUACUUCGAAAUCUUAGAGAAUGUAAAGUUUGAGCUCUCUGAUUUACCACUUCUUCAGGAGCUGAUCAAUUCUGACGAAGAUCAUAGCAUUUUAUUAGCAGUAGUUGAACUGAGGAAAAUGCUAUCAAUUGUUGACAAUUCUCUGAUCCAGAAUAUAAUCGACACGGGCUUAUUGUCUCAGCUAAUUGCUUUGACUUGUAGGAAUGAUAUUCCUAAAAUUCAGUAUGAAGCCUUGUGGUGUCUUACAAACAUUGCUCGUGGCAAAGCUGAGCAUGUGCAGGCUCUAGUUGAUAAAGGCGUCAUCCCCAUAUUCACCAACUUGCUUGGAACCAUUCAGAAGAAUGAAUUAGGACAAGAGAUAUUGCAUUGUCCUCACCCAAUGAAUUUUAUUGAACAGAGCACACGGGCUUUAUGAAAUAUUUCUAGUGAAGAUUCUCGCUAUAGAGCUAUGAUUCUUGAAGAAAAAGCUCUAAAGCCACUGGCGAAUAUUCUCAAAAAUGCGGAACCAAACUCAGUGAUGGCUAGGAAUUGCAUGUGGUGCAUCUCUAACUUAUUGUGGGGCAGGCCUUUUCCAACAAUUGAGGAGCUUUUAUAUAUCAUUCCUAUUAUCAAUGAGUCCUUCAAAAUUAAUGACAAAGAGGAGAUAAUUAUUGAUUGUGCAUGGGCUAUUUUCGAUAUCUCAGAUGCCGGAGAGCAGACAAUUAAUAAAAUGCUCGAGUUGGGAAUUAUGAGAACAAUUAUCCUUCACCUUAAUUCUUGCAAUGCUAAGAUAAUUGUUCCAUUAGUGAGAACACUUGUCAACUUCAUGACAGGAGACGAUAAAGAGAAUCAGGCUGUCAUUGGUGCUCAGGUGUUGCCUCGUCUCCAUGCUCUGCUAUCUCAUCCAGAUAAAGUAAUUGUAAAGAAAACUUGUUGGACAUUAUCUAACAUUUGUGCUGGAACAAUCAGCCAGAUUUCAUGAUUGAUAGAACUAGGAGUCAUUGACAAGAUGAUUGACCUUUGCCAUGAUGAUGACCAUACCAUUCAGAGAGAAGCUGGCCGGGCCAUUUCUAACGCAACUACUUUGAGAGAUCCCGACAUCGUUUCAGAAAUUGUGAAGAGAAAAGGAAUCGAAGCUUUGUGUUAUUUAUUAAAAAAUAAAACUGAUAUGCCAACUACAUUUGUUCUUCUAGAAGGAAUCAGAAAUUGCCUUGAUGUUGGCCAACAGAGUUUGACCAAUGAGGAAGGAGAGAACCAAUUUGCUUUAAUUGUGGAGAAUUGUGGAGGCCUAGAUACGAUUGAGAGCUUUUAUACUCACGAAGAUAGUAAACUUUACAAACUCUCAGAAGAGAUUAUUGAUUCAUACUUCCUAACAGAAGUUAAUCUUGACGGAGAAGAAGAUAUGAUUCAGCAUUUCUAA